CCCCUUAGGAAGUAAAGUAGUCCUCCCUUUCCUUCUCUCUCUUUCUUUUUUUUUACCCCCAUUCCUCUGAUAUUUCACCCCAUCCACCCACCCUCCCCCCUUAAAAGAAUCAUCUUUAUUUUAGAAGAAAGACAAGCAAUACAGGAGGAAGCAGGAAUCAUGACCUCCUCCAGCUCACAGAUGCAAGGGGGAUACAUAUAAGUACAUGGAGGGCUUUAUUUUAUAAACAAAAAAAGAAAUGUAUUUUUUUUAAAUUUGAUUUUUUAAUGGACCGGAUGAUCUCCAAAUGCAGCAGUGAAACAUACAGCUUUGCAGGGGAGGUAGCUGUAUCCUGUUGGGUGGCAGGCGUAUCCAAGGGGUGCCAUGAAAUACCCAGGGCCCCUGGAGAGCCAGAGACUGUCCUUUCUUUUAGAAAGGGCAGUCUCUAGGGAAGCCCAGAUGUGGAAGGUGUACAUACAUAAGACCCCAACCAAUCAGGAUACAGCUAUUUCUCCGGAACAACGGGAUGAAGUGAUCCAGUGGCUGGUCGAUUUGAAGCGCCAGUAUCCUGUUUACCCAGAAACCCUCGCUCUGGCCGUCAGUAUUUUGGAUCGGUUUUUGGCUUCAGUAAAGGCCCGUCCAAAAUACUUGAGGUGCAUUGCAAUCAGCUGCUUCUUCCUUGCCGCCAAAACAGUCGAGGAAGAUGAGCGGAUUCCUGUCCUGAAGGACUUAACCAGUGGAAGCUUGUGUGGCUGCUCUCCGGCUGAGGUCCUCAGGAUGGAGAGGAUUAUUCUGGACAAACUCAACUGGGACCUGCACACGGCUACGUCUCUGGAUUUCCUUCACAUUUUCCAUGCCAUGGCAAUGACUGCCAGUCCUCAGCUGUUAGACAGGAUGCCUGACAUGAACCCGUCACAACAUGUGGCGCAGCUCACCACUCAGCUUCUGCAGGUCAUGGCAUCCCACCAGCUCCUGCAGUUCAAGGGGUCCAUGCUAGCCUUGGCACUUCUCAGCCUGGACAUGGAAAAUAUGCUUCCUGAUUGGCUUGCCCUUACCAUCAAGCUGCUGCAGACUGCACAGAUGGAUAGCUCUGAGCUGUUCCGCUGUCGGGAAGUAGCAGCAACGCACCUUUCUCCUCUGCGGCCUCCCUUGCCUCCCAACGCUGUAUAUGUCUACAAUCCCCUGAAGCGUACUAUGGUGACCUGCAACAGAGGAGUAUAUCAACACCACGUCUCCCCUGUUUCAGGCCCAGGAGUACACCUACAGGGCAAUCGUGCACCAGGAGCCCUGAUCAAGGGAACAGCUGUCCUUUACCAGCGCCUGACAGCUCCCGCCACUUGCAAGCUAUCCUCCGCCAAGCGAAAAGUAGAGCAGAUGGAAGUCGAUGACUUCUAUGAUGGAAUCAAGAGGCUCUACAAUGAAGAAGGUGUUUCUGAGGCUGGGAGUGUGGAGAUAUCAUCAUGCAGCAGUGGCAUGCCAAGGAAAGAAAACAGCAUAUCCCCAUGUCCACAAUUACAGGCAGUGCCUGUUAUGUGAUAUCUGUAAUUUGCUUGGCAAAACCACGUGCCAGAUAAGAUUCCUUUAGUCGCCAGAUAACGCUGAGGGAGCUUUCAGUGCAAAUGCAUUGUAGACGUCCCAAGUGUUAAGGGCGUUCGUUCCAUGCUGCAUAUGACAUGCAGCAAGGUCAAUGGCCAUGCCUUAUCAGAUUUGUGGCAGUGACAAAGUCUUGCCUGAUUUUUCAUGCUGGUAAUCCUAACUUCAUUUUUUUUCUGUCGUUUUUAAAAUUAAAAAAAAAACAUAAAAACAAAUGAAAACAAUAAAAAAAAAAGCUUUUCAAAAAAAAUUCCAAAAGCCCCAAAACAGGAACAAAAAAAGUAGCAAAAUUGUUUUCACUCUCUAGUGUUGUCUGUUUUAUUUGUUUUAUGCUGGUGUUAUCUGCUGUGAAACUGUGCUCCUUGACAUUUUCUCAUGUAGGCUUCUAUCUGGUAUUCUAGACUAAUCCUUCACCACUAUCUGUAUCUCUAGACUCCUUUUAUUUGUUGCUUUUUCUGAUAUCGCUGACCUUCUACGUCUCUGCACACUGACCUUGCACUAAAAUAUUUUCAUUUGUUUUUAAAAUUAACAAUUAUUCUUUUUAACCAAUCUGAAUUGUUUCGUCUCAAUGCCAUGAUUGAAACACAAUCCCUUGUAGUUUUCGGGCUGUCACGUCUAUUUGAGUCAUGUGCAUUCAUUUUAAUACCCCUUUGAGUCUCAAUGGGGAGCACACAACACAUCCUAUGGUAUUCAUCCCUAGUGGAUUUCAGAGCAUUAUAAUAAAAUGCAGAAAGUAUCGGUGAUGUUUUGUGAAAUGAUUAAAUUAGUGAUAUAAACCUUUCUGAGCGUUAGGAUUUUAGGAUCUUACAGUUACGUCACGGUGAGAUUUAAAUGCUAUAAGUAGGUUGAUAAUACAUACAUACAUACAUGCUACUGGUUGCUGUCACUCGGCAUUCUAAACUAAAACAUUUUUGGAUUUCUCACAAAAUGUUGAUAGAAAUUAUAACAUUUCCUGUUGUCAAUAAUCUGAAAAUUACCUUGUCUGGUUUCUGAAAUAUCUAUAUCAGAAUCUGUGUUCUAGAGAACAAGUGUAAAACUAGCAGUAAUUCUUCUUUGUUCGAGCAUGCGUGUUUUAUUAUUUGUAAACCUGUACUCUCUCAUGAUGGUCCUCUUAUAGAUCUCUGCACAGUCUGAUGAGGGCAUGGCCUAUGGAAUCUUUGUUCCAAAAUAAAGUCCUCCUGGUUUCAAUGAAAA